GCCACUCAAUUAGUUGAAUAAAUACACAUUGCUGUACUAGGUUAAAGAUUCUCUCGUGAAGGAAAUGGGAGGAGAGAGCACCAAAUUGAAUCCCAAGGAAAGACACAGUGUCUGACUGCCAACAUUGCUCCUCCAAGAACAUGGUAUCUGCAAUGCUGACGAAAAACGAUUCCAUCAAACGACAAGGACAGAGAAAGCUGAUUGUGUCAGGAGGCCUUUUCCCCGUGCAAGACCUGAUGAGUCUUUGUUUAUUCUACUUCUCCCCAGAUAAGAUUCAUUAUUGAUUUUGGACAGCAUACGAACGGGUCAUGCAAUGGCCAAACUUGACGAUUGUUGGAACAUGAAUUACGUAAUCAUGCUGACGUACGCACCUCCCAUAGCUGAAGCUUCAAAUUCUGGUCGUCCGAACAUUUUAUAAUCUUCGAUAGCGUAAUUCGAAGACGUUUGCUCAUCAACAAUACUGGGAAGGCCCGAAUAUAUGAAUGAGGUUGCGUAUGUGCAUGAAGUAUUGAGCAGGACAAACUUGGUUAAAUGUCAUGACAGGAUUACUGGAUCUGCUUAUUAAUAGGAACUGAGCUUCCUUCCUUGACCCUGCGCAGCCCAAAUAGGAGGAGAGAACACAGAGAGAAAGAGACAGAGAGAGAGAGAUAUUGAAUAUGCAGUCUCUGAGCUCUACCGAGUUGUUCCGCAGAGACUUGACCGAGCAGCCGGUGCUGUUUGAAGAGCAUUCGGGAGUGAGAAAGGUGAUCUUGAACCGGCCUUCCAAGUUAAACUCCCUCAAUCUCGAAAUGAUUUCUCAGAUGUUUAGCAAGUUGAAGAUCUACGAGGACGAUCCUACUAUCAAUGCUGUCAUCUUGAAGGGAAACGGGAAAGCAUUUUGUGCAGGCGGUGAUGUUUUCCAAAGUAUCUGCUCCAUGUUAACAGGACAUUGGAGCUUUGGAGCAAGCUUUUACAAGAAACAACUCACCUUGGAUCACUUGAUAGCCACCUAUAAAAAGCCUUUGGUAUGCCUCACCAAUGGAGUUGUAAUGGGCGGUGGCGCUGGACUCUCCAUGCACGCAAGCUUUAGAGUCGUGACAGAGAAGACGGUAUUUGCAAUGCCUGAAGCAAUACUCGGAUACUUUCCGGAUGUGGGUGCAUCUCAUUUCCUAUCCAAGCUUCCCGGUUACUUUGGUGAAUAUCUAGGAUUAACCGGAGCACGGCUGGAUGGAGAAACAAUGCUUGCAUGUGGCCUCGCAACUCAUUUUGUCUUUUCAAAGGAUCUUCCUCUUUUAGAACACGCUCUCUCUUCGGUGGAUUCGUCAAAUGCAUCAGACAUAUUGUCGGUCAUCAACAAUUAUGCGUGCAAAUCCAAUAUGAAAGAGGAAGAACCCCACAAAAGAUUGAAGAGCAUAAACAGAUGUUUCUCAAGACAGACGGUGGAGGGCAUAUUACAUUCUCUUGAGGAGGAGCUGCUAAAUAACUCGGCAGAGAAAUGGAUUGCCGAGGCAGUAAACAGUAUGAAGUCUGCUAGUCCGACCAGCCUAAAGAUUUCUCUGAGAUCGAUAAGAGAAGGACGUGGUCAGACGAUUGAACAAUGUCUAGCUCGCGAGUACACCAUCUUUUGCAACAUUGUGCGAAGGAAGAUCACCAAUGACUUCUACGAGGGUUCAAGGGCAAUAUUUUUCGAUAAAGACAAAAAACCCAAGUGGGAGCCGCCGAAGUUAGAGUUGGUCGAAGCAGAGAUGGUGGACAUGCUAUUUAAAGCGAUCGAGGAUGAUGACGACUGGAAUUGUCUACAGCUCCCUGCACGGUCCUCCAACAUGCUUGACCACGCAAGGUCAAAGCUCUAAAUGAACCUAUUUGUGACACAACUCACUCAUAUUGCUAUACGCCAAACUGGAAACCGUAACAUCAGUAACCAUGGAAACACAACUCAUAUAUAUUGGCUUGCAUUUGUAAUGUGACAGUCUUCUCUGUCAAACUCCCAUGAGGUUAGACAACUCAAGAUUUCCAGAUUAACUUCCUGUCCAAAUUUUAGCAUUUGAUGCGCACUUUCCCCUCUGGGAAUCACGUUGCCCUCUGAAACUACAAGCAACGAAGAGGAAUAAUUGCUGUUA